GCUCGCAGCGCAGCCUGUCCGUUUGAAUGUGCUCGGGACUGGAGAGGGUAUCAUUUCCAUGGACCAUCUGUCUCACUGGCUGCCCACACAACAAAGAAGGACCCAGGAUGGUGUUAGUACAUGUUGGAUAUCUGGUUCUCCCCGUCUUCGGCUCAGUUAGAAACAGAGGUGCACACUUCACCAGGCAUCAACACAGCCAUGCUACCUCCUGCCGACACUUUCACCUGGGUGCUCCCCAGGCGCCCAUCUCAGCAGAGUUCCCUCUAGGACACGCCAGCCAGCCGCCUCAGACCGGCCUGGCAACCCACCUGCCCCCGGCACAUCACCCGCCCCUCACUGCCCUGCCUGCACCCCCUCAGUUCCAGGAUGUGCCGGGGCCUCCAUUCCUACCUCAGGCCUUACACCAGCAAUACCUCAUCCAGCAGCAGCUUCUUGAAGCGCAGCACCGCAGGAUUCUCCCACACUCCAGGAGAACCCAGGAGCGUAUACCCCUGAACCCUCACCGACUGCGCUCAGGCUAUGAGUACUCCCCUCCCCUCCAUGUUCCUCAGCCAAUGACACAGCAGCAGCGGUACCUGGCCGAAGGCACCGACUGGGAUCUCAGUGUUGAUGCUGGCCUCCCUCACCACCAGUACCAGCUCCAGCAGCUUCCGCAGCCCUAUCAGCAUUACCUGGCUUCCCCUCGAAUGCACCACUUCCCUAGGAACACAUCCUCUGCACAAGUGGUUGUGCAUGAAAUCAGAAACUACCCGUACCCUCAGCUGCACCUGUUGGCACUGCAAAGUCUGAAUCCUUCGAGGCACGCCACCGCUGUGCGGGAAAGUUAUGAGGAGCUGUUGCAGCUGGAGGACCGGCUGGGAAGUGUCAGCAGGGGAGCUGUUCAGACAACCAUAGAGAGAUUCACCUUUCCACACAAAUACAAGAAGAGAAAGCCCCUGCAGCUGAAGAUUGGCGAGGAGGAGGAAACGGAUGUGGAUGAGAAAUGUACCAUCUGUUUGUCAAUGCUGGAGGACGGAGAGGACGUCAGGAGAUUGCCCUGCAUGCACCUCUUCCACCAGGGCUGCGUGGACCAAUGGCUGGCCACCAGCAGGAAGUGUCCGAUCUGUCGAGUUGACAUCGAAACACAGCUGAACCCUGACAGCUGAUGAGAUUUCAACACCUCCCCUCCCGCUCCUUGUCAAUCACCCUUGUGUGGUUCCUGCUUUCUUCCACCCCGGCCUGCCGGCCCUCCUCCUCCUCCUCCCCUUGUUGGGUGCUUUGCCAAAUGUCUCCAGACUUCAUGUGACAUCACCACCCUUCUGACUCACGCUUUACUGAGCCAAGCCUGGAUAACUAACUACACGAGAGGCCGCAGAGGACUCUCUUUAUAUAGAAGCACAUCCCUCUGGAGGCAAAAGACACGCAGACACACACACAUACUCAUGUACACAGGGUUUACUUGUAGCUUGCUGGUCGUAAGUGGGGUGUUGUUGCUGUUGUGGUGUUGUACUGUAGGUAGCCGCGGGCUGUGUAGCAUGUCCUCAAAGCCAUGACUUAACGUCCUGAGAGUGGAACACAUAACCCCACACUGAGCUGGCUACUUUCUCUCUUUUUCUCUCUCUUUCUCUUUCUAUAUAUAUAAAUAUAUAUAUUUCUCUCUUUUCAAACACACUUCAAUCAAAGUGAAUAUUCUGCCACACAAGAAAGCUUAACAAAUGCUCUGAUGCCAUGUUUACCUAAAGAUCAUUUGUGGUCGUAGUAGAGUAGCAGUAACCAACAAGUGAUAUCUGGUGUUGCCCUCUUAUUGGGGGGCAGGCACCAGCUAGCUGAGUGUUUUAAUUCUAUCAUGCAGCUUUGACAUUUUGCAAUACAGUUGUACAUUUACCUUGGGUUGGUGUCAUGUGAGAUGGUGUCGUGUGAGUAGGUCUCUUUCACUGCCGUGGGAGCCCAGUGAUUG